AUGGGGGAGGCAGGGCAGGAUCACCCCAUCCACAACCAGUCGGCUGCCCCCUCGUCCUGGAGGCAGGACAAGAUCAGCAGGUCCAAGGAGGAGGCCCUGGAGCUCGUCAAUGGUUACAUCCAGAAAAUCAAAUCAGGGGAGGAGGAUUUCGAGUCUUUGGCCUCCCAGUUCAGCGACUGCAGCUCGGCCAAGGCCGGAGGGGAUUUGGGGGCCUUUGGCAGAGGGCAGAUGCAGAAGCCGUUCGAGGACGCGUCGUUCGCGCUGCGGGCGGGGGAGCUGAGCGGGCCGGUGUUUACGGAUUCAGGGAUCCACAUCAUCCUGCGCACCGAGUGAAAGUGCCUUGGAUCGG